CAAACAAAUCAUUCGUUUGACAUUUGACGUGACGGUGCUGCUGCAAGCAUAGACUGCAUGUGUGAAUUGGUAGAGACGGCGACGGAACGUGGACGUUCUUUUCCGUAACGUUCUCUGUGAAUCGCACAAUAAUCGGAAACCGCCUUCAAACGAGAAGGCAGAACUAUCCUACCGUGGGAGGCAUGAAGAUCUUCAAUAAACAAAUGCUGAUAACAUGUCAAAGGGUUCGGUUAUUUCACUGUCCACAAAGGAGGGAUACCGUGCUAUCAUCAAAUGUCUGGACGAUGGAUAUGAGGCUAUAAUCAUUGACGAAACCAUACCUCGAUGUAGACAUACAUUCAAGGUACCUGUGCUACUGGAAUCAUCUUUUAUUGGUGGAAGUAAUCUGACAAAGGAAACUGAUUGGCAAGGAAGAAGAGUGCAAUUAAUUAAAUUAGAAGGUCGAAGCAUCUUGUAUGUCGGCGCCUCAGGUCUCCGAGGAGGUGGAGCAUCCCAUAGCUGCUCCUCCUGCCCGACGUAUUACUGUAGCGCAUGUAACUAUUCCUGUCCAAAUGGGAAAUGUUAUGACUACUGCACGCAUCGGUCUAGCCACAAUUGUGCGGCACGGCAAGCGGUCCAGCGAAGGGAGAGGGAAGAACGUGAACAGCGUCAUCGGAGAGAACAAGAGGAGCGCGAGAGACAGGAGCGAAUUCGUCGAGAAAGGGAGGAACGUGAGGAACGAGAGCGCCUGCAGCGUGAGCAAGCGGAACAGGAAAGGAGAAGACAGGAGCGGUUGAGGUUACAGAGGGAACAGGAGGAGCGAGAAAGGUGUGAACGGGAACGUCUGGAGCGUUUAAGAGUGCAACGAGAGCGCGAAGAACGUGAAGGACAGGAGCGAAUCAGGAGGGAAAACGAAGAGCGUGAACGUCGUGAGCAUGAAGAACGAGAAAGACGCGAGCGUAUUUGGAGGGAGCAAGAGGAGCAACAGCAUCAGGAACAGUUGAUGAUUGAGCGGGAAAGACUGGAGCGAAUCAGGAGGGAAGAAGAAGAGUAUGAACGUGAAGAACGAGAGACACUCUGGCGUAUUCGCAAGGAGAAAGAUGAGCAAGAGCGUCAGGAACAGUUGAGGAUUGAACGGGGAAGACGGGAGCAAAUCAGAAGGGAAAACGAAGAGCGCGAGAGGCGUGAACGUGAAGAACGGGAGAUAUGCGAGCGUAUUAGGAAGGAAGAAGAGGAAAUAGAGCGUCAGAAUCAGUUGAGAAUUGAGCGGAGGGAAAACGCAGAACGAAAAAGGCGUGAACGUAAAGAACGGAAUAGGAUCAAACGGGAACCCGAAGCGCACCGAAGGGAAAAGGAGAAGAAAGCUGUGAAAACUAAGCUCCAUGACGCAAUAGAAACGAUCAGUGCUAGACAAGAUAAUGAAUUGGAGUACAUAAGCGACGAUGAAGUAAUGGAUGAAGCUCACAUUCUUGAGUAUGCUCAGACAAUCGAGCAAGAAGGCCCUCCCAAUGAGGUUCGGUUAGAAUGCAGCUUGAAAUCAGCUAGUCAAAAGUCGGAAAUUGAUCUAAAAGGUGAAGAGCUAUUCGCGACCCAAGCCUUCCGUAGAAAAUUUUCAACUGCUAGACAUAUAGACGAUAUUCCGGACGAUUUGUGUAGCCCAGAUUUUUCAUGCAAACAAAUUACAAUUGCCGAAAGCAAUUCCGGAAAAUUAAUCGCAACUGUGCUUAAAUAUUUGAGGAAAAAUUUCACUGAAGACCUGGUGGGGGUAAAGUCAGAGACUAAACUCGCGAAAGCUAUAAAAAGAAACAUGUCAAAGGUUCCUAUUGCCUUGCAGCAAUCAAUUCUUGAGUACGUCUUCUACGGGGGAAGGCUUCACCUUCGAAUCGUGAGAAGGUAUCCAGUUUUCAGAUGGAUCGAACAGAGUCUAAUAACAGAGAUCGUAUCUUAUCCCGAUGAUACUGUGGAUCCGUUACUUCUAGAUGUUUUCCGGAAUCACUGGUUGAGGGUCAAAGACGUAUUUUACUGGGAACGACGUAGAGAACUGUUGUAUUCGGUGAAAAUUAAACAGCUUGCCCAUAAAUUGACACUUGCAGAUGUUAAUGACAUCCUAGAUCUGGUGUUGAGAAUAGGUGACGAUGGGCUUGCUAUACUCAGACGCAAGAAUCUCUGGUAUCGGAAGCUCAAACGUCGCUGGUUUCAUACUAAAGUUCGGGCGGUGGAUUUUGAUGAAGAAGGCAAAGCAUUAUUGAUUGAUACGAUCGUGAAUAUUCCUUGGAAUGCCGCAAUAACGGAGCGAAUCUUCACCUUGAUAACUAGAGCGAAUAACCCUGCUGGAGCUUUGAAAAUUAUUACAACCAUCAAAGACAAUCAUGUCCCCUCAUCGAUCGUGUUGGAUAUCUUAACCGGGAUCGUCCAAGCUUCUGAAGAUCGGAUCGAGGUGUGGUCUGGAGAGAUCGAUCACUUUACUUUGAUGCGCCAUUUGUAUGAAUUGUCCCCUUCGAUCGCUUCCGUCGUCGAUGCAAAACUUCAAGGUUGCUUACGAAAAACGCAACUGCUUGGUAAACUGCUGAAGAAUUUCGUCAGUAAAUACAAAGAUCGGGUCGAAUUGAACUUGGCCACAUUUAUUAUGGUACUCGAACACACCUAUACUUAUCAAGUAUCGAUCGAUAUCUGGAAUGAAGUAUUUUGUAUAUUGCGAGGAGAAAAGAAUCCGAAUAAAUGGAUAGCAAAGGUGGAUCAACUCAUCAUCAGCAGAAUUUUCGCCGGAAGCCAUGAGUUGUGUGCGGAAGAACUGAUCGAAAAAAUCAUUGCGGAUGCUAAAGAUUUGGAUUAUAUAAAAAACACUAACCUUAACAAAGUUUUAAGUGCGGUUGAUGCGGCUUACAAUGCUCCUGCCCAGUUUUUGAGUAACAAUGAGUUUAGCGAAUACAGAGCUAAGUCCAUACGUAAAUAUGGAUAUCAUGAGAUCCGUUUAUGGGCGUGUAUGGCCAUGUCUGCCGCUCCAGAUACCGUAUCCGAAUCAGAAAUGGUAGCAGUGAUUAAACGUGCCGUUGAAUAUUGCCACAAGUACUCCCCGAGAGAAACGCAGCUGUUGUCACUAUUGAUUCUAAUGAAUCCGACAGAAAACAAGGGUCGCCUUUCUCAAAUUAACACCGGUGAAGGAAAAUCUAUCAUUGUCGCCAUGUUGGCUGUGGUACUGGCACUGAGAGGAAACCAGGUGGAUGUGGUUACCACCUCUACUGAACUAUCCAUUCCGGAAGUCGAGAAGCAGCGAGCGUUUUUCGAGUUAUUCCAUCUUACUGUUGCGGAAAAUAGUCCCGAUCGAGAGAAAACAUUAGUGUAUGGAUGUAACGUCGUUUAUGGGACGACAAACGAUUUCUGCGGUGAUAUACUGCGGUCAGAAUUCCUUGGGAACGAUGGCCGAGGUACCCGCAAACAUCAAGCCGUGAUCGUGGACGAGGUGGACAGCAUGUUGUAUGAUAGCAGGACGCAUAGUGUACGGCUCGCAGACGAAUGCCCUGGAAUGAAUCAUCUGGAGGUCCCACUGGCUGUGAUCUGGGAAUUCAUCCAUAAUAUCAGAAAGCAUAUGAUAUCGCGCAGCGGGAAGGUGUACUUCAUUGCUGAAGAUUUUGAGGUUCAGGGUCAGGAAAUAAAGCUUUAUUCUGAUGGUGAUUGGGAAACCGUUGCAACGGAAGUCGAGGAUACGAAGAAUUUCAUCAGUACACAUUGUGAAAAACACUUGCAAAAGUUGCUCCGUCAAUUGACAGCGAGCGAGAAGGCUGAACUUGAAAUGUAUCAUGACACGAGUCUUCAGAUAAUGGCAAAGGAAGUUGAAAUGUCGCAGAAGCAGAAGGAGCAAAACGAACUGAAGGCUGAAUGCGAAGAGCUGCGGAAAAGGCUACAUGGUCUUCCUUGGAAUAAACGUGAUCCUAUAAUUGAAAUCCCGGAGCAUUUACGUGCGUAUGCACUUUCUCAAAUUCCGAAUUGGACUAAGAAUGCAAUACUGGCUGCGUGGGGUUAUACGAAGGAUGCUCAUUAUACCGUCGUGAACGGUAGAAUUGUUCCCAUCAACUUCAACGAAACAGGCGUUCUGCAAAGUAACAUGAUUUGGAGCGAUGGGCUGACGCAAUUUCUUCAGUUGAAGGAAGGACUCCGCAUGGAUCCGGAGGGAAUCUCCACCAAUUUCAUCUCCAAUGUGAGCUUCUUCCAGCGUUAUGGAUCGAAUAUAUACGGGUUAACAGGUACUCUUGGAGAGCAAUCUACCCGGGACUUUCUGGAUACGAUGUACGGCGCGGAUAUGAUUGUAAUACCACCCUACAAACAAACAGUUAUCGAUAACAACCAACACUCAGUCUAUCGCUGCAAGGAACUUGCUCCACUAGUCUUCCGAGAUCAGAAGAGCUGGUAUGAAAGUGUGGUAGAAAACGCUCUAUAUCAUGCGCGGAAUGAUCGAGGGGUUCUUGUCAUCUGCAAGUUCAUCAGCCAAGCACGGGAUCUAUUCGCUGUGCUUGAAAAACAUCAUGACCGGAGAAAAAUAUUCUUAUACACAGGAGAGAGCACGACAGAGUUCAGCAAGAACUCGAUCACGUCUGGCGAAAUAAUACUGGCUACAAAUAUUGCCGGCCGUGGAACAGAUCUUAAGACUACGGCACAAGUAGAGAAACAUGGAGGAAUGUGCGUGUUGGUUACUUUUCUUCCGGAAAGCUACCGUGUAGAAAUGCAAAACGUUGGACGCACGGCGCGCGAGGGAAAACGUGGUAUGGCCCAACUGAUCAUCCGUGAUAGUGACAACACUCCGAUGGAAGUAAUGAAAGCUCUCCGCCAGGCGCACGAGAUACAGGCCAAUGCUAAAGCAAUAGAGGACGCUAGAGGUAUGUUGAUUCAGGACGCAUUGUUCCAGAGAUUCUGCCAAUUGGAGAACCGCUUUCUGCCAAGCUUCGAAGAGGCACGGAAGGUUCAACAGUGGAAUUUUUUGAAGACCAGUUGGGGAUACUAUUCAGCGGAUCAGCUGGAUCCGAAGAAAGUAGCGGAGAAAUCUUCGGAAUGGGCCGAGAAGUCCAGGGUGGAUUUUGUGAACAAAGCGUUAGCGACUUUAACAGCGGAACAGCGUACGACAAUGACUGAAGCGGAUCACAAAGAGUUACGCGAGCAGUCGGAUAAACAAGUGCUUAAACUGAAACCAGAUUUCGAACGUCGUUAUCGACAAAACGUGGUGGAACAGUUUUGUUCCAAACAAUCCAUCAAUUUUCCCAGUGAGCUAUUGGAUUGUUUCAAGAAAGGUAAAUCAUAUGAACCUAAAUAUGGUGAAACAGCCGCACAAUUCAAGUGGACACCUCACGAGCGAAAAGGGGCAGAGGAAUCAUGGGGUCUAUGGCUCAAAAGUGAAGAUCUGCGAAAGAACGACGUCACUUUGGAAGGUGCGUUGGAUAGUUUCGAGCAAAGCUUUGAGCGUGAUUUCGAAAUGCGAGCUAAUAGUGACGAUUUAAUACGCAACCCGUUCUACUAUGUACUCAAAGGCAAUGACUACCUGGUCGCCAAAAAUAUCCCAGAAGCCUUAGCCUGCUUUAACCGGGCGAUUGAACUUGAUCCGAUUUUCUCGGUCAAUGCUCGCUACAAUAAAGCUCAAGCCCUGCUAUCGAAUGCCACCAAUAAAGGGCACAAACAAGCUGAAGCAUUGCGGGAAUUGAGAAAAGCCAAAGAUCUAAUAACCAUCGUCUACCGACCGAGUCUGCUCACGUUUAACACCUUGAUCGCACAACAUGCGUGCUCAAUGUACACUUCACAGCAUGUACAGCAUCAACUCGAUAUACUCAGCCAGCAGGAGGAUUUCAUAGACGGUGCAGUGGAAGUAAUAGAACAGGCUUCAAAGAACGAAAACAACGUAAAGAUUACCGUAAAGAGUUUCACGGAGAUUUUGAGCGAAGCGAAGGAGGAUCACGAGAGGGCUAUCCGGGAGGCAUCUUCCAAUGGUUUGAGGUGUUUGUUCACCGUCGAGGAGAAGCUUCCGCGACCAUGGAAAAGCAUUAUUGCGGUGGCCUUGAUUGGGAUCGCACAGAUCGGAGCAGGGUGUCUGAUCGUUGCUUGUACGGGUGGUACGCUGGGUAGUGGACUUAUCACGGAGGGAGUGUCCGAUAUGAUUUCAUCGAUUCGUUCUGCGAUCACUGGUACAUUCAGUUGGGCUGCUUGGGCAGCUCAAAAGGUUAUCAGUUUGGCCGUAUCGAUCAUCUGCGCUGGAUUUAGCGGCAUUAAGACUGGCAUGAAGGCGGUGAAAAAUACGGCGACAGACUUGGUAGGCCGAACGGCUGUUGGGACGGCCCAGAAUGGAAUUCAGCUGGCCGCUAAGGAGGUUGGAUUAGCAAUCGGCAAGGGCAUUGUUAGAGAGUGUCUUACCGAAGCAAGUAAGUACUGUACGGAUCAUCUUUUUAUGCGAAAGUUGGAAGACGAAAUAAGGCAGCGAGUUGGCGACACCCUCACGAAAGCAUUUUUGGCGAAUCCGCUUGUGGUGAGGGCACUGGAAGAAGACGAACAGAGCAAUUCAAACUACUGGAAGCAAAAGUUCAUUAAGGAGGGGCUCAAGUUACUGCAGGAUAAACAAAUAAACGAAUGCAUGAAAAUAAUUAAGGAAAUCACGAAAGGAGUUGCUUCGCAAAAGAUUCCCUUCGCAGGCGAUGUAAUGGCUGUAGCGGGGGUACUGAAAAUGUUGGAAAAACUUAUGUUUUAUACAAACAAGUUCAUUGCGAAGUUCAACGCAAUAGUAUCUGGUCACGAAAAGAAGAUAACCGCAUCUCAAAAGGAUUCGAUCGAGCAAUCAGAGAUAGAGACAUCUUCAAUUUCGACAUCACGACAUCGAACAACAGCGCAGCAGGAUAUAAUCUCCGACGCACCGAACAUUGACAUCGAAGACGCGGACAUUGAUUUACACAAGGUAACGGACGACACAACCUACAAUACCAAAGUUUCUAGCGAAGCAAAACCCUUGCUACGCUCGCAUUACGUAGAAGCCUCAACCGCCGAAUCACUCGCGAAUGUAUUCAAACUUCAGAUUACGGGUAACUUAAGCGCUACCAUUCGAGAUAAUCUAGUCAAUCCGGUGCUCAAUAAGGUUAGUGCGCAUGUAACGAGUGGGUUGUUCGCGAGCGCAGAAGCGUCAGUCGCCACACUGCGAAAAGAAAUCAAGACCGAAAGAGACCUUCGCAGUGAAGCAAAUGACUUUGCAAAUGCGAAACCAAGUGCACGGAAGACGAAAGAGACUUCGUCGAAGAAAACGGAGUUAGGUCAUCAUUCGAAACGGGCGAUUGAGGAAAUCUCCCAGGAAGGUCAUCUGCACGACACAUCGAGUCUGGCAUUGGCAGCCUCCGAGCUAGGAGCUCCUGUUCAUGUUUACGACGAACAGGGCAACCUGAAGUACGUGGUUGGCGAUAAACUUCCCGGAAAGCCAAUAACAAUCAAACACUUCCCACCGUCAGAUGAACAUCCAUUGGGGCACUUCGCCCCAAACAACUCCAAAGUCCAAGUGAAGCCUACAGGUAAAAAUACCUGUGCUUUGGACUCCGUCAUAGCUCAACUCAGCCUGGAGCAGAAAGAUUCUCUCAAGUUGCACAAUGCGAAUGAUCUGCGCGAGCGGAUCAUUGAAAACAUCAGAAACAAUCCGAAGCAAGCCGAGAGAACCUUUGAGCAGCAAGCUGCUCUCAGGUCGAUUGCCAGUAACCGAAUUCUCCAGGGUGGUGCCAUAAAGCAGGUGGAAAAAGGGAACCGUGAAAAGAAGAGAGAGCAGAAGAGUAUCCGCAAACUGAAAUUCAACGAUCCGCAGAUACAGGAAGAAGUGCGCGGAGUGCUUGGGGACGAUAUAGAGCCGGAUUCAUCAACGAUGAAUGAAGCGGAUCGGAAGGAUUACCAAAUUCACCACUUGGUUCACCAGAAAUUCAAAAACCACGAGGUUGUAAAAAAGGCUGACGUUGACAUUGUGAAUCAUCCGUUGAACAAAAUAGAACUACCACGAACUGUAGCCGAGAAGGAGCUAUACGGAACUAACAGAUCCAAACAUGCGGGUCGGCAUUCGAACUAUGUAUCGAAGGCCAUACAAGAUAAACUGGAUCAAGUUGCGUAUCAAGGUGACCGAGAAGGAUGGUCAAGAAGUCAAUACAAAGAGGCUGUUUAUAAAAUUAUAUACAAUGAACGAAAACAUGUGCGAGUAGGGAAAGAUUUGUAUGAAAAUCCUGAUAGAAAAACGCGACAGAGAGGCAAGAAUGAAGAACCGAGAGAGGAAUAAGAUAUGCUUUGGGAUGUGUGCUUUUGAUAUCAACAGAUUUCAACUUUUAGUAUUACAAUGUCAUUCUUCGACGUGAAUAUAGUUAAUAUUAUGAUUAUUCCUACGAAACAUUGACGAACUUUGGGGAGAUUUUGGAUGCUUGAACAAAUGUUAUAUAAAACUCAGAAUCGAUUUAUACUUGAUAUUUUGACAGCGAUAUGAUGAAACAUAAAAGAAAAUUUUAUCCGAAUUCAACUAUAUUUUUUUAUUAAUAUACACGUCCUGAACUGGUAGCUCUGAUCAUUGAUGGGAAUGGUGGGUACUUCGGCUGAAGGAGGCUUCGAUGGUGAUACCUCAGGAAUCGGGAUAAUCUGGCACUGUGGUUUGUGGAAGACUUAGGAAAGCUUCUAAUCACACAUAGAAUUAUUCGCGAUUUUGCACGGGUAAAUAUUGGAUUCGGAAUUAACGAUGUUAAACACUCGAAAUGUUGGAGCUGUGUUCAAUAAAUUCCUAAUUUGUGUUGACGGUAUUGACGGCGUUUCUUCCAAUUAGUGAGGCAAACAUGGUGAAGGCUUUUCCUGUGGAAUUAACAAUCUUUCAACACUACAAUUAUGAAUGAAAAUUAUUUUUUCUGUGUGAAAUAUGUGUUUUAUUUGAUAGAUUAGCUGUUUUUAUGCCAAUCUUGAACAAAUAUUGUAUGUAUACUUUUUGACGGUAACUUUAAUAUUUUCGUCUACGUUGUGGUCGUAUGCAGAUUCCAGCUAAAGUUACCGAGGCCUUUUACAUUUCCUUCCACGAAACCUUGGUCCUUAUUCCUUUUCCCGUCUACUCUCCUCUCUCAAUCCUUCCUUCCUCUCUCCAUUAAUCCUCUAUCCCAUUCCUUCCUCUCUCUCCCUCUUCCGGAAUACCAUUAGUUCAUCAUGGUUUGUCCGCCGAUUUUAUUGAAGGGGGCUGACGAUCGUUACACUUUACAAAUUUUGGUUAGUACAUUUAUAAACUACGGUUAGUUAAUACAAUAUACAUUUCAUACAAAAAAAUUAACGUUAACAACAAUAUUAUUCAGGAACCAGUUAAGAAAAAACAAAACAAAUAAUUUAUUUAAAUUCUAUUUUUUUAACUAUCAUAAUUAAUGAAACAAAAAUUGGACUGUCCUUCAUGUUGCGUCAAAGGUCGGCAACAGGCUGAAAAGUGUCGGGAUUUGUCAAUAGAUGGCGCCACCAAAAAUGAACAAGAUUCAUUUCGAGAGGUUCAUCUAUCACUAGCUUAUGUGUGAAGUAUCAUGACAUUUUGUUUAUUUGUUCACAAACUACAGAUGUUUAAGUGUCACUACCUGAGCGUUCGUAUAGAAAAUGGAAAAGAGGAAUAUCGUAUUUUGAUCAAACAUUGUUGGGAACAUCUGAAUAAUCAAUGCAGUGGUUGACAAAAUGUUAUUCCACUCCUGCUCCUUCGAGAACAACAGUUCAUCGGUGGCUUAGUGAAUUUUAAAUGGGCCGUACAAGCACCGCAGAUGCUCCAUGUUCUGGAAGGCCAAAAGAGGCUACGAAUCCAGAAAUUGUAAAACAAGCAUCGACUCGUUUUGAACGAUCGUAAAGUGAAGUUACACGAGUUAGCUGAGACCGUUGGCAUUUCAAAAGAACGAGUGGGAUACAUUUUACACAACAUUUUGGACAUGAAAAAGCUAUCCGCGCGAUGAGUGCCGCGUUUGCUGACCGUCGACCAAAAAUAGCAACGCGUUGAUGAUUCAACAGCCGGUUUGGCGUUGUUGAAACGUAAUCGAGUGGACUUCAUUCGACGUUUUGUGACAAUAGAUGAAACGUGGAUUUAUUACAACACUCGUACAGAAGGGAAAAAAACAAUUACAGGAGCGUAUUAUGCAGUGUUACUGGACAAACUGAUCGACGAAAUAAAGAAAAAAACGGCCCCAUAUGGCGAAGAAAAAAGUUCUGUUCCAUCACGACAACCCACCUACGUCCUUAAAAGCGAUGGCCAAGUUGGUCUAAUUACGAUUCCAAUUGGUUGCUCAUCCGCCAUAUUCUCCAGACUUGGCUCCCAGUCACUGCUAUAUGUUCCCAAACCUCAAGCGGUAGCUCC